AUGGGGCGUCGGAAAGGAAUGCCGCAACGAGCAUUAAAGUUACAGGAAAGACCUAAGGAACCUAUAGUGUUUGUAGGACGAACAACUUCACCAAGAAAGCAACUUGAAACUGUUGUAAAUAAUGUGAAAGUCCGGAUAGUUUCUCCUUCAGAUAAAAGAAUAGUUACACAGCGGAAAACCAUGUCAAAACCACAGCGAGAAAACAACAACAACAACAGUCAGACGAGCAAGCCAAAUUCCCAAACCGGAAAGCAGACAGCAAGAAAUAAUGAAGCGAAAAAGGAGCUGAAAUGCGGAAUAUGUUCAGAUAAAUUUCAUGACCCGAAACUUCUAUCGUGCCUUCAUUCAUUCUGUAGUAACUGUUUACGGAGUAUCCCCACAGGUGACAAUGCGAAGUCAAAACCGAAGAUUCAACAGAAGCAAUAUUGUGAUCAACACGAACAAGAAGAACUGCGUUUUUAUUGCAUUCCAUGUGCAAAGAUCAUUUGCCGCGACUGUAAAACACUCUCCCAUACCGUUCACCAAACUAUGGAAAUUAACGAAGUCGCCGAAUCACGGAAGCGUGAAAUCGGGAAAGCUGUUAGACAUACGAAGGAGUAUUUACCACGCAUCGCAGCACAUACCAAAACUUUGAACACAAUGGUGAAAAGUUUGGGAGGCAAUACUCAAGAAACUACCAAAGACAUAAAAGCUCAAGCUAAGAAGUUUCAUGAGGAAAUUGAUAGAAUGGCUGCGGAAAUGAUAUCAGAAAUCAAACAGAAGAACAAAGAGAUGGAAAAUACACUGCAGCGUAAUAUAAAGGCUAGUGAAGUAGUCUACGCUUCUAUGGAAUCUAUAAUACUGGCAGCUGAAUCAUUUAUGACCGUUGGCAGCGAUCAUGACAUCAUUGAAAACUCCGUCAACAUCAAAAAUCGGGUAGAAAAUUUGCCAAAAGAAAUUCCUGGAGAAUCCGUUGAGUUUAUUGAAUUUAAAUUCCGGCCAGGACCGAUACCAUCGACGGAUCUUUGGAGUUGCUUUGGAAACUGGACGUCCGAUGUGGCGGCUAAUGUAGCGAUAUCAAUUCCUCGACAAAUAGGUCCAGCUAUGGCACUGAUUGUCCGUGAGUUGAGCUCUUUCGCUGUUCUCGGAGGGAAAGCUAUUAUAUCAAUUGCACCCGCUAAGGAAGGUAAUGCCUGGAUAUGCAAUAGUCUAUCUGAACACAUUUUCCUGUAUACAAAAAGCGGACAAUGCCGAUCACAGGGAAAUUUUAUAAAACUUCUACUGACAGAGAAGGAUGGUUUAGGAGAACCAUGGUCCGUAGCUGUUGACAGUGAAGGCUUCCUGUGGGUUGGGGACACAGAAGGGAUUGUCAAGGUGUAUAAAUACAUGUCGUAGAUCAGAACUCCUGCAAAACAGUUGUUGUCCGUUUAUAAUUAAAUACACGUGGAGAGUUGAUAUCUACAAAAAAAAUAUUGAAAAUAAAUAAAUUAAACAAUUUCUUUACGAACACAAUUUUACUGUAAUUAUGUACUUUAACGUAUUAUUUUUUAUUACAUGU